CAAGCGCGACGCGUCCAGCCCAUAUAUAUUAUCUAUCGCCGAGCGAUCUAUCGAAAGUUAAAGGCAAAAACAAUCGGUUUGUUUUGCAUUCGAAACAGUUAAAAUGCAAACAAUCGCAUUACCCACGAUUGAUACCCUGCAAAUUGCUGGGCAAUAGUAGUGCGAGGAGUGCGGCAAAUAUAACCCAAUUGUUACGGCACAUUAAACUGAUGCUAAAAAAUAAUUCAUUUGCGCGAGCAACGGUCGUAAACAAUAGGAAAAACAAUUGCAAAAAAUCAAAAACAAUCAUCAACAAGCUGUCAACUGAACAAAUGUAAAAUAAAUAAAACCCAAAUAAAUUUAAAUAACAAAUUCGCGCUAUAUUUCUUAUAAUUUGUAUAUAAGUAUUAAAAAAAAAUACAUGAAGUUCCUGUGCUGUGGCGGAAAUAAAGGAAAUAUGACAGUUAACGUUAACGGUUCCUCAGGGGAAAACAAAAAGGAAGCGGAAGCAGAGGGCGCAAAACAUGGUCUGGGUAUACGACACUUGCAAACGUUCCUCUUAUUUUUCGCCCUGGCUGUUGCCUAUGCCCAGCGCGUCAAUCUAUCUGUGGCCGUCGUGGCCAUGACAGAUGCUGCUGAAGCUAAUCCUCACUUUCCUGAGUACAAAUGGCCGGAGAAGACCAAGUCCCUGCUGCUGAGCAGCUUCUUCUGGGGCUAUGUGCUUACCCAGGUGCCCUCCGGACAGCUGGCACGCAAAUUUGGCGGCAAGAUCACGCUGCUGACGGGUCUGUCCAUCUGCUCGGUGCUUAAUAUACUGACGCCUUUGUUUGCAAAGUUGGGCGGCUGGCAGCUGGUCUGCGCCCUGCGCGUCGUAGAGGGUUUGUCCCAGGGCGUGGUCUUUCCAUCGGUGCACACGCUGCUCUCGGCCUGGGUGCCGCCCAAUGAGCGACCCGUGCUGGGCACCGCCGCCUAUGCGGGUAAUCAGUUUGGCACCAUCAUCAUGCUGGCCACGAGCGGAUUGCUCGCCUCCUCUUCCGCUGGCUGGCCGAGCAUCUUUUACAUUUCCGGAGGCGUUGGCUGCAUCUGGGCCAUACUCUUUUUCAUUUGGGGCGCCAGCUCGCCGGCGCACUACAAGAAAAUCUCUGCGGAGGAGCUUAAGAUGAUCGAGAUGACGCAGGCUAACGAAGCGACAUCAGAGCAGCCCAAGGAGCAGAUGCACACGCCCUGGCUCAGUUUCUUCACCUCGCCGGCCUUCUUGGCGCUGAUUGCGUCGCACAGCGCCAACAACUGGGGCUUCUGGACGCUGCUCACCGAAAUACCCAGCUAUAUGAAGAAUGUGCUGGGCAAGGAUAUCAAGUCGAAUGCGUUGCUCUCGGCUCUGCCCUACGCUGCCAUGUUCGUCAUGUCGUUUAUCUUCUCGGCCAUUGCCAUGUGGCUGAACAAGCGCAACUGCAUCUCGACUGUGGCCAGCCGGAAGCUCUUCAACUCCAUCGGCCUGUGGGUGCCCAUGUGCGCGCUCAUCGGCCUGGCCUAUGUCAGCAGUGAUCAGAGCAAUCUGGCUGUCAUCCUCCUGACCAUAACAGUUGGCUUCAAUGGCUCCUGUUAUCUUGGCUUUCAGAUCAAUCACAUUGAUCUGUCGCCCAAUUUUGCGGGCAUUCUCAUGGGCAUCACCAACUGUGUGGGCAACAUCAUGAGCAUCAUUGCGCCGCUCCUGGUCGGAUUCAUUGUUAACAAUGAGCACGAUGUGGAACAGUGGCGCGUUGUUUUCUUCAUUGCCGCCGCCAUUUAUCUGGUGGGCAAUGGCCUCUUCAUCAUCUUUGGCCGCGCCAAUGUACAGCCGUGGAACGAUCCACCCUCCAAGCCGCGUCGCCACUCCACACCGCAGGUGGAGUCUCAGCAUUAGAGGUGCGCCUGGUGAGCCCCCCGACGAGGGAGAGAGAGAGAGAGAGAAAAUCGCUAGUCAUCUAGUUCACAUUUCCAGCCCACUGACUGGUUCGAUCGUCGAUCGACAGAAGCCGCCAAUCUAACUGUAAUUCGAGGAGAUGUAUUCUCACAUAGCCCCAGCGAAUUUGCGUUUGUUUCGUAUUUCUAUAUUGUACCCUAUGAUAUAUAUAUAUUUAUAAACAUAUAUAUAUUAUCUGAAUUUGUCGUAUAAGUUUAGCGUGUAGUCUGUAGAUAAGGCCUUGUUGCAUAUGUGUAUAAAGACCAAAUGACGAAAGAAAAAAUAUAUGUUAAGAAACCA